AUGUUCAACCAAGAAGCUUGUCUUGGAACCUCUUGUGGUAUGGAUAAACUAAGAAUGCUAAGCGAUGAGCUCAAUGCAAAAGUAGUUGAACAGAUUAAUGGAUCACAAGAAUUAGUUAUGCUCACCAGUUUUGCGAGAGAGUCUAAUGAGUACCAGUUCAAAAAGUGUCUUCAAAAUAGAAUCUCUGAUGUAGCCUCGUGGCGUUGGGUGUUAGAAGAUCUUUCUAAACGAUUAGAAGAGGCUCUAGAUUCUUUGAAAUAUGAACACAAUGCACUGCGUGUAGUUGUGCAGAGAAUCAAAGAUGAAUUAAACUAUCAUUCCACAGAAGGGACGCGACCAGGAGCUAUAUGUCCCUUGACGGAUUUAGUAGAAAAAUUUAUUAUAGAGGAACAAGAAUUUCUUCGUAUUCAGAAAAGAAAUUUCGAAAAAUUAAUUGUAGAAUUAGACAAACAAACGUCUGAUAUUGGAAAAACUAUGAAUAAAAUUAAGAACGAUGUCAUAAAUAAAAUACAAAGUUUAUCUAUCGAUGAAACGUGUGCUCGAAAAGAUUACAAGAAUGAAAUAGUUGCAGACUCGAAGAAAAACCGUAAAAAAGGCUACACUGUAUCAUGUUGGGCAAAGCAUUGUGCGGCCUUAAAAAAAGCUGGAUUAAAAGCUCUUUGCAAUGCUGUAAUAACCCGACAGCAGGUUCGAGGAGCUAGAGUUCAACUGUCGUUUACUGCUCAAGCUUACGCUGCCAGAAUUGAUGCGGUCUUGAGAAGGAGAUUAUAUUCAAACAAAAUCAAAGUUCAGGAUCUACAAUGGCAAAGAGAAGAGGCUUUACGUGACUAUACAUCUCUUAAAGAAGAAUUAACAUCAGCUGAAAAAACUCUUAUAAUGACUAUGGAUCAGGAACAUAUAAUCGAGGCUAGGUUAAAUGAUCGCACUCGACGACCAAAUAGGGAAUUAAUAAAAGACGACGUCAAUAGAAAGUUAAGAGACGAACAAGUACAACUAAGAAAAUAUGCAAAAGAAUUGAGAAAUAAUAUAAAGAGGAUUAUAAAAUUGCAAAAUGAUUUAAGUGAGGCAAUAACGCAUAUAGAUUGUUGUGCAGAGGAUUUAAUGCAAGUGAUCAAUAUAGAUCAAGAACGGGUACAAAAUAGACAAGCAGAGCAAAGUACAAAUGAUUCUGCAAGAAAUGUUUCUACAUCACCAACUUCUUUAGCAGAUAAUACUCAUCACUCGCAAGUUUUGAAUCAACUUACUGUUAUUCAAGAAGAAAAUGAAGACGAUUAUCCAUUUGAAUACUAA